AGCCUGCCGCGAUGUCAAUCAAAUGAACUGACAUGACGGCAGAAAAUGCUCCUCUAUAUAUUCCGCCUGCGCCACCUCUCCUGUCGCUCUACUGUCUCCACUUCCCAACCGCCCCUCCUCCGUCUCCCUCAGCAGUCCGACAAUGAACGACAUCUCAGAGACAAAGACAAUCUCCGCCGCGGCUGACGAUGCCGUCCCGGAAAAAGGCAUCACCGUCAACAACGCCGACAUGGCUUACCAGUUCCUGCACGAAGCCCGCGACGCGGGCGUCGAGGUCGAGACUAUCGACGAGAAGCGUCUGCGCUGGAAAAUCGAUCUCCGGCUGAUGCCGCUCCUCAUGUUCAUCUACUUCCUGCAGUACCUCGACAAGACCCUGCUCAACUACGCCGCCGUCAUGGGCAUCAGAGAGAACCUCACAAACGCGCAGUACUCCAACCUCGGCACCAUCUUCUACGUCGGCUACAUCGUCUCCGAGCCGAUCACGACCUACCUCAUGCAGCGCUUCCCGCUCGGGAAAUACCUCGGCGUCAACGUCACGCUCUGGGGUAUCGUCGUCGCAUGCCACGCUGCGUGCCGCACUUACGCGCCUUUGAUGGUCAUCCGUGUCUUGCUUGGAAUAUUCGAGGCCUGCGUCGCGCCCGCCCUUGUCCUCAUCACCGGCAUGUGGUGGACCAAGCCCGAGCAGCAGCGCAGAACCGGUCUCUGGUACAUGCAGAUCGGUGUCGCUCAGAUCAUCGGCGCUGCUAUCUCCUACGGCUUCCAGCACGUCAACUCUACCCGUCUCGACAACUGGCAGAUUCUCUUCUUGUUCAUGGGCCUUCUCACCGUCGUCGUCGGCAUCGCCACGAUCUUCCUCCUCCCCGACAACCCAAUGGGCGCGAGCUUCCUAACCCGCGGCGAAAAAGUCCUUGCGAUCGAGCACGUUCGUGAAAACAAGACCGGUGUCGAAAACAAGACGUUCAAGUGGGAGCAAGUGCGCGAGCUGCUGUUCAAGGACAUCUACACCUGGCCUGUUUUCUUCAUCACCCUGCUCGCCAUGAUCGACAACGGCGCGGUCUCGAACUUCUCGUCAAUCAUCAUCAAGACGUUCGGGUACUCCAACGAGCGCACGACAAUCAUCCAGAUGCCCUCGGGCGCGGUGUCGAUCAUCGCUACCCUCGUGGCCACCUACGCCGCCUCGUUCUCCGGCGAACGCGCCCUCUUCAUGGGUCUGAUCACGAUCCCCUCCGUGCUCGGCGCAGGCCUUCUCCUCGGCCUGGCCGACAACUACAAAGUCGGCCGCCUGUUCGGCGUCUACCUGCUCAACUUCUGCCCCGCGAUGCUGCCAGUCGUCUACUCCUGGUCCGGCGCCAACACAGCCGGCUACACCAAGCGCGCGGUUCGCAACGCAAUCAUCCUCAUCUCGUUCUGCAUCGGCAACAUCAUCGGCCCGCAGAUGUUCAAGAACGGCGACGCGCCUGCAUACGACCCGGCAAAGAUCGCGCUGAUUGUCACAAUGUCGGCCGUGGUGGUUAUGAGCGUCGGGCUGAGACAGCUCGUGAUCUGGGAUAACAAGCGCAGAGAUGCCGAGUCGCGGCCGGAGGAGUUUGAGAUGGUGGAGGAUCGCGAGUUUAUGGACUUGACGGAUGUCCAGAACCGCGAGUUCAGAUACUCCAAGUAGUGUGUCUUCUUCUGUUUGCUAAUCUGAGUCGGUGUUUUGUUUAAUGCCUUGCUUGAUAAUAAUACCAAUGCUAUUUUCUUCCGCCAAUAA